UUCAUAGGGUCAUACUCUUUACAUUGAACGUUUUACUAUCUUCGUUAGUUCUUUCGGUAAGACUGACUCCUAUCACCCUGGUUUAAUAGUCAUUUGUGACAUCACAUUCAAUAUUAUUAUGGCGUCAUAGAGUUUUUCCUUGAAAGUUGGAAAACACCCAAGUUUUAAUAUUCCCCCAUGUCAAAAUGUCGCGAAGUUUGUAUUUUUGUAUACUGUAUUUCUUCUUGAAACUAACUUAUCUCGGAACGUAUUCGACAAUGGAUAAUUUUCCGUUAUUGGUUGGUAUAAUAAGUAGCCCAGUGGACAAUAACACACAGCUAGCUCUGUCUUUUGUUCGAGAUUUCGUCAAUGAAAAUAUAAUGCCGGAUAAGUGGAGCCUUGAAUACAAAUUUUUCCCAUCGAUAGAAAAUCAGCAACGCUUGCAAGAUGUGACAGGGGCAGGACUGUAUCUCAUAGCUGACAGUCUUGAAAAAGCAAAUGUAUCUUCUUUUAUCGGACCUGGGUCCAGUACUAACACCAAAUUGAUUCAUGCUUUUGCGGUAAGUCGCAAUUUACCACAUCUAUCGCCAUUUUCAACUGAUCCGGCACUGGGACAGAGUUCUCGUUUCCCGAUGUUGAUCAGACUUUCACCACCAGACACAUUUCAAACUAAGGCGGUUUUUGAUAUCCUUCAGUUCUACGGAUGGGAAAGAUUAUCUUUAAUCACAAUGGACAAUGAUUACGGAUUUGGUGUGAAAAGUGAAAUCGUAAAUAUAGCUCGAAAACGGGGAUGUAAAGUUGAGCACGUCACGAAUUUAAAAAUUACAAAAAAUAUCGAUGAAGUUCCAACAACUGAAAUACUCGACCAAAUUCAAGCUCUGCGGCCCCAUCCAGUGGUUUUAGUAGCUGGAGGUGGGUAUGGGAAAGCUGUGUUGAAAGAAGCUCAUCUUCGUGAUAUGACGGUCGAAAAAAAUUGGUUAUGGAUUUUGAUGGACGGUGUUGCCGUUGACGAAGUAUUACUCGUUGAAUAUGAGGAUAAGAAUUCAAAAAUCACGACCAGCUAUUUUGAUGGCCUUGUUGGCACGAGACCUGUGAUGUCUGAGGGCGUUUUAAUACAUUCGUUGGUAAAAUUCUGGGAAGAACAUCACACAGAACCAUUUCCCUGGAAACACGGGCUCGGAUACGAUUUAGAAAAACCACUUGAUGCUAUUUUAAGCGUUGCUCAUGGAUUUCGUCUUUAUUACCAAAAAGAUAUGUUGGACAGCCCAGACCAAAUCAACGGAACCAUGCUCUUCGAUGCCACCUUGCGAGUGAAAGAAGAAGGACUGACUACUAAGAUUGCGUAUGAUGCGGAUGGCAAAACAAAAUCAACCGAGUAUGAUAUAUUUAUGUCCGAUAAAGGAACUUGGAAACCUAUAGGGGAGUGGUCGGAGUCUGGAAAAUUAAAUAUGAGUUAUGCGCUAUCUAUGAAUUACUCGAGGGGUCUUAGAAGCGCAAGGGCGUCGUUUUUCGAUCUAAAUUCUCGGAGGGCUGGAAGAAUUGUCCACGCUGCAUCUGCUGUUGGAGAAGAUAGGCCUAUAGUCCACGUUGUUACAAUCAUAGAAUCUCCAUUUGUCAUUGAAGGCAAAGGUGGCGACACACAGGAAAAACAGGCCAAUAGAGUUUCACCCGAAGAUUUACCUCCAGAUCAACGAAAACCCGGAAUGAAUGUAUCUUUGCAUGGAUAUUGUAUAGAUAUGCUACAAAAACUUAGCGAAAACGCAGGAAUACGGUACACUUUACGAUUGGUUUCUGACUCCAAUUACGGCGGACUCGACCAAGAAACUGGUCGUUGGAGCGGCAUGAUUGGCGACGUCAAAAACGGCCGUGUACAUAUUGCGGUAGCACCUAUUACAGUCACACAGCAGAGAUCAGAAGUUGUUGAUUUCUCUACCGCAUUCAUGCAUGUAGGACUGAAAUUUAUUGUAGACAGGCGUGCAGCUGACGGACUUGUCCCUAAAACUGAAAGAGGAGCCUUUGCGUUUUUACUUCCAUUUCAUGGUAGUUUAUAUUUAGCGAUCGGGAUUUGCAUGGUGUGCUUAGCCUGCUUUUUGUGCCUGGUCGCUCACGUAAGUCCGUAUGGAGCGAGGGGGCAUUUCUUUUUAGGGCCCAGAAUAGAUGAAUUUCUUCGCAAAAGCUCUACGACAAUACAAACUGGUUAUUCGAACCCAGGCUACCAUAUAGGAAAGGAUUCUGUAAAACUGAAACGCUUAAAAUCGAGCAGAGAAGACGCCGACAGAGCAAUGGGAUUUAACAACGCUCUAUAUUUUGUAUGGGCAUCGUUGUUUUGGCAGACACCAGAAAGGGUGCCUCGUGCGCCCUCGGCGCGUUUUGUUACUGUUAUAUGGUACCUUUCGGCUGUUGUAUUUGUAGCGGCCUAUACCGCGAAUAUGGUCGCUUUUGUCUCUUCUAAAACGAGGGUGGUGAACAAUUUAAAAUCCGUUUCCGAACUUGUUUCACAAACUGAAAUUCCGUUUGGAACUGUAUCUGACAGUUCUGUGGAAUAUAUAUUGAAAUCGUCAGAAAUGAAAUUGGGAAAAAGUGUGUAUAAUUAUAUCAUGACCGAUCCGGAUAAAUUCCUAGUUCCCACGUCUACUGUCGGACUUGAAAGGGUUAAAAAAGGCAUAUUCGCCCUGUUAUGGGAUUCAUUAGUUCUCGACUUCGAGGCGGCAAAAUCAGAUUGCCAACUCAAAACGGUUGAUGUUGGAUUUGGAGGUGUCGAUUAUGCUCUUGCACUGCCAAAACGAUCAAUGCUCACUUCAAUUCUAUCAAGGCAUAUUUUACGACUUGAAGAGUCAGGCUAUCUCUCCACGUUAUGGAAAAGAUACUUUGGUGAAUUGGAAAAGUGUUAUCUACUGGACAACGCACAAACUGAUGAGAAUACAACGGUCAAACCACUUACCUAUCAAAAUUUAGCGGGAGUGUUUUAUUUAGUUCUCUUCGCGAUGAUAAUGGGUUUGAUUGUACUUGCCUUUGAAUGGGUGCAUUCCUCGUUUUUCGAUGUUAAUAAAAACGAUUAUAGGGCACCCCAAACAAUAAAGGAAGCUCUUCGUAUCCGGCGUCAGCGGCUAAAACAAGAUAUAGUUGAAAAUUGGUGGCCGUUCACGGACAUCAAGAAUCGAUUUUCAACUAUCGAAUUGCCGAGUUCGCAAAGAGCAGCUUCAAUAAUAUCAAAGCAAUUAGAGAAAAAGAAACCGAGUCGACGAACGUCGCAAUGUCGCCAUGGUGACAAAAUCAAAGAGUUACGAGGAUAUUGUUCUGAAACUAACUUGACUACUCUCAACACCAAACGAAAAUUUACCACCCUCUGUGAAGAAGCGCGACCCCGCCAACGGAGAUUUUCAAUGACGAGAUCUUUUCCGUCGUUUCAUUCAAAGUCAAUUAAAAUUUUUCCGUUGAAUUUUCAUCAAUGAU